ACUUGUAGUUCACAAGAGAUCAAAGCUUCAGCAGAAGCAAGCAGAAGCAAGAAGCAAUUCCACCCUGAGCAUGGUGAUUUAACUCGGGUGCAGGAAAGUGUAUACGGAACUCCUGUUUACCCAGCAGUGGGCUUACCUCGUCAUCCCGCCCCUCGGAAGGGCAUCCACGUGGUUGGCAGCUGUGCGUCUCGACGUGUCCGUGUGUGCACGAAGUCGGCGGGCGCAGACACCCCGCCCGCGUCGGCCGUGGUCGCCUCGCGCGGCCCUACUGCCCUUCGGAGCGCGUUCGCGGUCGCGGCGGCGUGGCGCCUGCGCGAUCGAAAGGGCCCCGCGGUGCGACGGGGCGGGCGGCGGGCCGGCCGCGCAGGCGCGCCCGACAGCCGGCGGGCGACGGCGGCGAAGACGGUUCGUGUGGCAGUUCAGUCCGCGCGCGCGCCACGGGUCAGCAGCAGCUGCGAGCCGUGUGGUCCCGCCGCCCUCCCGUGCUCCCGCCGAGAGGACUUGGUCUCUCAAGGACACUGGGUGCUCAAGGUGAGUCGCCAUUGGAUGUUAAAGUCUACUCAUUUCAUACUCUCAGGUUGUGGUGUAUGAAGAAGUCCCAAUAAAAGCAUCCCAGUGGGGCAAAGCCUCUAGAUGAUGCU